GGAGGCCCCAGGACGCAGCAGGCUCAGGGGCAGGAGAGGCGCUGCUCAGGAUUCAGGGCAAAUCUCUCACAGGGGUCUCUCUUCCAGGGCUGAGUGUGGGCCUGGGCGCCCAGGUGCCGGCAGGUGGGUCUGUCCCCCGGUGUCCCAGCUCCCUGCUGCUCCUGGGGUCAAGAGGCCACCCCCAGGCAAUGCGGACGGGGGACAGCAGCUCUGGGCUGAAGGAGGGGGAGACUGGGAGGUUGGGGCUGAGAGCUGGGGACCUGGGGGUGAGGAUGUCUUGUGACCCAGCCUCUGAUGUCCUUCCAGGGACCCUCCCCAAACCCACCAUCUGGGCUGAGCCAGGCUCUGUGAUCCCCUGGGGGAGCCCCGUGACCAUCUGGUGUCAGGGGACCCUGGGGGCCCGGGAGUUCCGUUUGGAUAAAGAGGGAAGCUCAGCUCCCUGGGACAGACAGCCCCCACUGGAGCCCGGGGACAAGGGCAACUUCUACAUCUUAUACGUGACACAGCUCUACGCAGGGAGAUAUCACUGUUACUAUCUCAGCCCCACUGGAUGGUCAGAGCACAGUGACCCUCUGGAGCUGGUGGUGACAGGGGCCCGGGGCAAACCCACCCUCUCAGCCCUGCCGAGCCCUGUGGUGACCUCGGGAGGGAACGUGACCCUCCAGUGUGGCUCAGGGCAGGGAUGGGACGGGUUCAUUCUGACUAAGGAAGGAGAACCCAAGUCCUCCUUGACCCUGGAUGCACAGCGACGCCCCUAUCGGCAGACCCGGGCCCUGUUCUCCGUGGGUCCCGUGACCCCCAGUCACAGGUGGAUGUUCAGAUGCCACGGCUUUAACAGGGACACCCCCCAGGUGUGGUCGGCCCCCAGUGACCCCCUGGAGCUCCUGGUCUCAGGAGGGGAGACAGGCCCUCGCCCAGCGCCCUGGCCGGCAGCCCCAGGCUGGGCUCUCUCAGGCCGACUUCCCCCUGGGCCCGGUGACCUACACCCACGGGGGCCGGUACACAUGCUACGGUGGACACAACCUCUCCUCCGAGUGGUCGGCCCCCAGUGACCCCCUGGACGUCCUGGU